CUCGUUGCUCAGUGUUCAUUUGUUCUUCGCACUUCGUACAGACCAUUUCAGGAACUGUUUAGUACAAAAAAAAAAUAGUUUUUGUUAAUCCAAAUACAUAGAUUUCGUUUAUCGUCGUUCACCGUUAUUUUGAUAACAAUAUCCGAUUAGCAGUUCACCGCAGCUGUCAUCCGCUUUACGUCACCGGUGACAGCCUACUGUUUUUUUUUUUUUUUUGUUCGACUCCGGUUUCCUGUACGUGUUUAGCGAUUUGGUUUUCUGUCGAUUUGUUUUACAGUUAAAGUUACUAUGAAUCCAUCUGACGGUAGAGGUAGAGCUAGAGGCAGAGGGAGAGGCUUAGCUCGUGGGCAAUCUCAGCCAAUCAGACCAGCAAAUCAGCAAGGGUCACCAACACAGGCUGGAAAUCCAAGAUUUGCAGGACCUCGACCUGCACAACCUCGGUCUGGAAAUACAAAUGUGCCACGAGUACCUGGACCAAGAACAUCAAGACCUUCUAUUGAAGAAGUAACAACUAAAUUCUCCGAAAUGGAAACAGGUACACCAAUACCAAUUGGUCGUGGAGCAAUUCGGGGCCGGGAACCAAUAGUUACUCCUCAAAUUUCCUACUAUAGGGCUCCAAGACCUGAAUCGUCUAAAAGUCAAACUGGAAAACAAGGAGCCUCCGGACAACCAGUGUCAUUGAUAUCAAAUUAUUUUCCAAUCAAAACUUAUACAAAUUGGACCCUAUAUCAGUAUCGUGUUGACUUUAGUCCCGAAGAAGAUAAAGUUAUGGUUCGACGAGGUCUGUUAAGCAAUCAUAAAGAUUUUUUAGGAGCUUACUUAUUUGAGGGUACUAUGUUGUUUAGUAGUAAAAAAUAUAAAUCAGAUAAAUUUGAGCUGACAUCAAAACGUAAUUCAGACGGACAAAUAUUUAUUAUAACUGUAACAUAUACUUCUGUAUUGGAACCUGGUGAUUAUGCAUAUCUCCAAGUUUUCAAUUUAUUGUUGCGAAAUUGUCUUAGACAUUUAGAGUUAAAAUUAAUUGGAAGAAACUACUAUGAUCCAGUGGCUAAAAUUUGCAUAGAAAAAUUACGACUCCAACUUUGGCCUGGUUAUGAGACAACAAUUGGGAUGUUUGAUAGUGGACUAUUACUCCGCUCAGAAAUAUCCACCAAAGUGAUGCGCGAGGAAACUGUUUAUGAUUUACUUCAAGAAUUCAUGAGAGAAAGUCAUCGUGAUAGGGACUGGUUUAUUAAAUUUAAAGCUGCUGUAAUUGGGACAACAGUUCUUACAAAUUAUAAUAAUCAAACAUAUAGAAUUGAUGAUGUUGAUGAUAAAAGCACCAUUAAGUCCACAUUUCCAAAAAAAGAUGGAACUCAAAUGUCAUAUAUAGAUUAUUACCAUCAAAAAUGGAACAUUAAACUCAAAAAUGUUGGACAGCCUCUGUUAAUUUCUAAAAAGAAAAAGAAUGUACUUGAUAAGAGUGAUACUGAUAGAGCAAUUUAUCUAAUUCCUGAAUUAUGUAUUCUGACUGGGCUUUCUCAAAGUAUGAGUGAUAAUAGAAUGAUGAUGAGAGAAUUAGCAGAAUUUACACGAGUUAAUCCUAGAGAAAGGAUUAUUAGAUACAAUAAAUUCAUGAAUCGUCUCCUUUCUACUCCUAAGUCUGUAGAAACAUUGAAAAAUUGGAAUUUAGAACCUGGUAAAAAUCUGGUCAAUAUUAAUGGUCGUGUUUUACCACCUCAAAAAAUUGCUUGUAAUACACAUCAAUUUAGUGCUGGAGAUAGAGGUGAUUGGUCAAAUGCUCUACGUAAUGCUCCAAUGUACACUUCUGCUAGUAUCAAACGUUGGGCUAUAGUAGCUCCACAAAAUGUUAUGGCUGAUGUACAGAAAUUUUUAGGUUCUCUUAAACGGGUAUCAGAUGCAAUGUCAUUUUUUUUGCCAAGACCUGACAUAAUUCCUAUUCCAAACCCUACUAUUAAGUCUUAUACAGAUGCAUUUGAGAACGCAAUUAAUGGAAUGAAUCCAUCUUUUAUUAUGUGCAUAAUUCCAUCUAAUCGUGGUGAUACUUAUAGUGCAAUUAAACGCCACUUAUGUGUAUUUAGAGCAGUUCCAUCACAAGUAAUUGUUUUAAGGAAUGUGCAAAAUAACAAUUUGUCAGUGAUUACUAAAAUCGCUAUACAAAUUAACAGUAAACUUGGAUGUGCUCCAUGGCUGGUUAAAAUUCCCAGAAAAAACAUGUUGAUUAUAGGGUUCGAUGUUUGCCAUGAUAAACAAAAUAAAAAUAAAUCGUUUGGUGCUUUAGUAGCUUCCAUUAAUGAUGAGCAAACUGUUUACUACAGUUGUGUGACAGAACAUGUUAGCGGACAGGAGCUGUCAGAUUUCUUUACUGCAAACAUGACGAAAGUUUUACAUGCAUACAGGUCUCAUAAUAAUAAGCUUCCCUCUGGCAUUAUGAUUUAUAGAGAUGGUGUAGGUGAUGGUCAGUUGUCAUAUGUACAUAAAACUGAACUUGCAAAUAUUAAGAGUGUCUGUAAAGAAUUCUAUAAGGAUGAAGAAGAAUCUCCUCAAUUGGCAUUUAUUAUUGUUAAAAAGCGUAUAAGUACUAGAUUUUUUACCAGUGGUCAAAACCCUCAAAAUCCACCUCCAGGAACAAUUAUUGAUAGUGUUGUUACGGAUCCUACGAUGUAUGAUUUUUACCUCAUCUCACAACAUGUAGGUCAAGGUACGGUUACACCUACUCAUUAUAAUGUGAUUGAAGAUACUUUUAAAGAUUGGUCUCCUGAUAAAAUGCAACAGGUUACUUACAAAUUGACACAUAUGUACUUCAAUUGGUCGGGUACUGUGAGGGUUCCUGCACUGUGUCAAUAUGCACACAAGCUAGCUUUUUUCGCGUCACAAAUAUUAAGAGGAACACCAAAUACUGGAUUAAACCAGCUUCUCUACUUUUUGUAAAAUUGUACACCAUUUUUAUUUAUUUUUUUUUUAUUUUUUUUUUGUUUAUCCAUAUUGUUUAUUCUGU